AACCCAUGUCCCACAUUAGUUUCCUCCUGCAUGCCUGCCCUAUAUAUAGCGCGCAGCACGACACUAUCAAAUCGUACAGCACAAAGACCACAAGCAAAGCAAGAGGCCAAGCAACAAGGGUUCGACGCACGACCCCACGAGCCAGAGCGCGAGCCUAAUUCGGUCUCUUGUUGCAAUCUGCUCCUUAAUUCUCCCCAAUCAAUCAAGCCUCUGAUUAACUCAAGAGCAACGACAACGUACGUGCACCUCCUCCGACGAUCCUAGCUGCAAUGGAGGUUAAGGUGCUGAGCUCCAAGCUGGUGAAGCCCGCCGCCUGCAACAAUGGCGGCGCCACGGAGACAGAGUACAUCCCUCUGUCCAUCUUCGACAGGGUGACAUUCCAGAUGCAGAUGGCCAUCAUCUACGCCUUCGCGCCGCCCGCGCCGUCCACAGCCGCCAUCGAGAAGGGCCUCGCCCUCGUGCUGGGCCAGUACCGGGCCUUCGCGGGCCAGCUCGGCGAGUCCCCCGACGGCAGCCCGGCCGUGAUCCUCAACGACCGGGGCGCGCGGCUCGUGGAGGCGUCCGUGGACGCGGACCUCGUGGACAUGGCGCCCGCCAAGCCCACGCCCGAGCUGCUGAAGCUGCACCCGGACCUGGAAGGGGAGCAGCCCCUCGAGGAGGUGGUGCUGCUGCAGCUCACCCGGUUCCGCUGCGGCUCCCUCGCCGUCGGGUUCACCUCCAACCACGUGGUCGCGGACGGCCACGCCACCAGCAACUUCCUCGUGGCGUGGGGCCGCGCCACCAGAGGGCUCCCCAUGGGCCCGCCCCCUGUGCACCAUUACCACGGGCUCUUCAAGCCGCGCUCCUCGCCUCGCGUGGAGCACGACCACCGCCGCAGGGAGUACCACCUGCCGUCGCCCAACGACGUCGUGGGCCACCACGGCGACGCCGCCGACAACAUCGUGAUCCACAAGGCCCACUUCACCAAGGACUUCAUCGCGGGGCUCCGGGCCGACGCGUCAGUGGGCCGGGGCCGGCCCUUCAGCCGGUUCGAGACCAUCCUGGCCCACCUGUGGCGCGCCAUGACGCGAGCCCGGGGCCUUGGUCCCGAAGAGUCCUCGGCGAUCCGGCUGUCGGUGGACGGGCGGCACCGGCUGGGGAAGCCGGCCGAGUACUUCGGCAACAUGGUGCUCUGGGCGUUCCCGCGGUCCACGGUGGGCGACCUCCUGAACCGUCCCCUGAAGCACGCAGCGCAGGUGAUCCACGACGAGGUGGCCAGGGUGGACGGCGCCUACUUCCAGUCCUUCGUCGACUUCGCGUGCUCCGGGGCCGUCCAGAAGGAGAAGCUCGCGCCCAGCGCCGUGCUCAAGGACGCGCAUUGCCCUGACGUGGAGGUGGAUAGCUGGCUCACGUUCCCGUUCUAUGAGCUCGACUUCGGCACGGGGAGCCCCAGCUACUUCAUGCCCUCCUACUUCCCCACGGAAGGGAUGCUCUUCCUCGCGCCGUCCUACAUCGGCGACGGCAGCGUCGACGCCUUCGUGCCCGUCUUCCAACACAACCUUCAAGCGUUCAAAGAAUGCUGUUACUCCGUGGAGUAGGUGGCGAGCUAGUAGUGCAAGUUAAGUAAGGAGUGAUGGCGAGCUAGUAGUGCAAGUUAAGUAAGGAGUGAGCCAAAACAUAAUACUUCACCAAUGCGUUUAAUUACGUGCAAAUUAAACUGUUUUGAGACUGGUAUAGUAGUGCUACAGAGACAUCAGACAUGUACACGAACGAUGUAACGUUCAGAGUAAUAAGAAUUUUUUGAUUAAUUUUUUCAUUACAA